UUUCCACUUCGAAUGACCUCGACAUUACUAACUUAGUCAUGUCAUCUAUCUGAUAAAGGCUUAUUUUGUGUCAUUUUAAAAUAUAUCUUUAUCGUCUGCAAUUAAACGAUAAAGAAAUUUAACAGUUACUAUCACAUCAGUUAAGCAACAAUUAAAUUAAAGAACUGGAGCAAUAGCAAAAGAAAAUUUCAGGAAGUUUAAGAGUAUGUGAUGUAGUGUACGAAGGGGAAGUGUGACAAUAUAGUCUACAGACAUUUCUUUCGAUCUAUUCAAGGUUAACAGCAAACCAAGGACAAUGGGGAACGUGCCUUCUGUGAAGUUGAAGGAAGAAAAUGCACACCUGGAAAUAAAUGAAAAACUGGUUCAAGAUUUCCAAUAUCAUAUUAAACUAGUUGACCAUUCAAUGGCGGCUUUUGCAAGGACAACAAAUUCGUUAAGGGAAUCUUCUGCAACUGUCAAACAAAAUAAAACUGACGGUAACGGCGAUUCUAGUGUGAAAGGUGUAGAGGAUAAGAAAGAGCUGGGUAAUAAACCCACGUUUAUGACGAUUCUCGAAACAAUUGAUGAAGCCCUGUCAGAUCAAAGCUUCAUCUUUAUGGAUUCGCUGAGCAGACUGCUGAGUUUCAUCAUAGAAAUAGGUAAAGGCUGUGGUAUUAUCACACCAGACGACGCAGAGCUAUUCACCAACAAAUACAAGUCGGGAACCUUUGCAGAUGUUUCAAACAACGACUUACAAUAUCAUGAUGCACUAAUUGAAUCAAUGCGAAAGAAAUUGAAAAGAAUGAAGGAAUCACUGCUUUUGACCAAAAGCAAAUUAGACAAUUUAAAUGACAGAGAAUGCCACUAUCAAGAAGAAAUUAAACUUUUAAAACGCCAAGAGAGCACUCUUGAUACUCGUGUUUUUCAACUGAAACAGGAGCUUGAAAACAUUAGAAGUGAAAAAAAUUCAUUAGAAAUGGACAUUAAUAAUUUGAAAGAAGAGCUAAGUGACCUGAAAAUAAAAAAUGAAACACUUAUGUCUAAAAAUGAUGAAUGCUUACGAAACGUUGGUGCACUUGGUAAAGAUAAAGAAGAAUUACAAAAGAUACUUAACGAAAAGCAAAGCGAAGCCGAAUCACUUAAAAACAAUCUCAUUGAUGACAGAAAGAAUACAGCGACACUCCAAGAAAAUAAUGCCAUUAAGAUUAAGUCCUUGGAGGAAGAAAAACAAAAGUUGGAAGAUUACUUUGGACACAUCAAGACGUUACACAGUCUUGGUCAAAAACGAUUAGAAGAACUAAUGGAAGAAGAAAAGGCUAUUCACGCGACCGGGAACGAACAACUGUUGGAUUCUAUAAAGCAAGCAUUGAUAGAGUAUCAGACUGAAAACCAAAAAGAGUCAAGACAUGAAACGCUUGUUUCAGAGGAGGGUUCUAAAAUUAAUGAGAAAUUAUGUGAAGUAUCAAAGUGCUUGCGAUUACUUGACGAAAAAAUAACGAAAAUGAAUGAGUUUAACAAUUUACAGUCAGCUGAAAUAAAACGCCUUUCUAAUGCGUUAACCCAGUCAAAAUUAGAAGAAGAUAAAUUAAUUAGGGCAUUGAACAACGUAAAAGAACAGUAUCUUCGUUGUGAAGAGGAAAGGGCAUAUUUAAAGAAAAAGGUCAAUGAUUUGGAAACAAACAACACAGCUUUAGAAGAGGUUAAUCAAUUUGAAAGGUGUUUGAAAAUAAAAGAAGAGGAACUGAAAACACUAAAACUACUAAAUGAAGAUCAGAUUAAAAGAAUUGCGGGAUUGGACAAAUGCUUAUCUAACUCAUACAAAUUGAUUUUUAUGAAUUUAAAGCUGUUGUCAGAUUACAAAAAGAGAGUGUCAAUCGAGGACGGAAAACUUUUAAUACAUGAAUUAUUCAAAGCUGAAAUCACUAGGAUGAAACAGCAAUCAACCGACAUUAAACUGAUCGAGGAUAAAACAGACGUACUGCAGACACAAAUAGAAGAGAAAGAUAGGACGAUACAAGGUCUCCAAACAAAAUUAACCGGCCUUAGCGAUGAAAAUAAAGAAUUGACAGCUAAUUCAGAUGCUCUUGUAUUAAAACUACAUCUUGCUCAGAAACAACCAUUUGUCGUUCAAGUGCAUCACCAUCCUAAAUUCAAGGCAAGCAGGGCUGAGAAGGAGGUUUAUCAUAAACUACAGCUGCGAUUCAACGGAGAGAACAUUGCUGUACAUUUUACACCUAUCGAAUAUAUCAUGAAGUCUGACACUCCUGUGAUUGUUCUUUGCCAAAGACAAUUCGGAAUGAAUCGAGAUAAAGACUUAGCAAACGUUACACUAUCUUAUAUAGAUACAAAGAUGAACAAGUUUACAGCUUUGAUACUUUUUCACAACAAAGAUCAUAGGUCAUUUAAAAAAGAAGAAGGAGGAAAACGUUUAUGUAGGAGCAGAAAAUUCUGUGAUGUAUAUGACAUAAUAUAUGACUCAGAAGGAAUAUGCCAAUGCGGUGAAAAUUCUACAAACAUAGAUAGUAUGUUUGAAUUUAUUAAAAAAGCAUUCAGUUGGUCGCCACAGAAAGAAGUUGAAUCGGCUGUAUAGAAUUUACUUUCUGUAUACAGUUUCUUCAUGGGGGCAACCUCAUCAUGUGUUAUUAUUGUCAUAUGUUAACUAAAGAUCGUUUGAAAUUCA